CGAUUCCAACGAAACCUAACCUAAAACGGAACGAGUUUGGCCUCACUAAUGAUUAUCUAUCAAACAAUAAAAAGAAGAAGUAGUGUGUGAAUCAUCAUUUUUAUGAAUAUUCAUUGUCCUCUUUUUGUCACGAACUGGUUUGCAGAAAAAUCCAUUUCAAACUGAACCUCAAUCCAAGCAUAGAUCAUCACAGAAGUCCGUGAUCAGUCGAAACAUUAUCUAUUUUGGAAGUGAGUAUUUGUCACAAAAAUAUAGACCAUGGACCAUUCACCACUAUGUCAAUCAUAAACAAAAACACGAGUAAAGUUUACUCGAAAAUUGGCGAAGAACUGUAUUUGGAAAGUGAAUUGGCCGAUGUUCGCUUUGUUUUUAAGUUGGCCGAUGGACAAUAUGAACACAUCCCGGCACAUAAACUACUAUUGAAAAGCGUCAGUGAUGUAUUUCGCACAAUGUUCAAUGAAACGUGGAAAGAAAAGGAGGAAGUCGACAUUGUUGAUGCUUCGGCCGUCGAAUUUAAAGAAUUUCUGCAAUUCUUCUACUUUGAACAAGUGACCUUAACCACGAAAAAUGUUGCCAAAGUCAUGUACCUUGGAGAUAAAUACAAUGUGGCUGGCUGCUUGGACGUAUGCGAACAAUUUUUGAUCAAUUCACAGAAUGAUGAAAACCUUUUCCAGAAUUAUGAGCUCGGCAUUUUUUUCAAUCAAACAAAAUUGAAGAAAUAUUGCGAAACCGCAAUCGCUUUCGAUACAAAGAACGUGCUGACAUCGGGAAAUUUUAUGGAGUGCGACCGUAAGGUGCUUAGUCACAUUUUAAACAUAGACUCAUUGUCAUGUUCUGAAAGCGAAUUGUUCGAGGCCUGCAUGGAAUGGACCAAAACUGCAGCAAAUGCAGACAAUUUAACACGGGAAGCUGUUGAACAACAACUGGGCAAUUUACUUUACGAAAUUCGCUUCAAAUCUAUGAGUCCACAGCAGUUUGCUAAUAUCACUUCAUUAUAUGGUAAUUUAUUCUCAUCGGACGAAUACAGAGACAUUAUUCAAUCAACUUUGGUGCCAGACUUCGAACCAAACAUGUUCAGCAAUAAAUUCAGAAUACCACUUGAAAAUCUUCAGUGGAAUGAAAGGGAACAGAUUACAUGUGAUCGUUUAAUGGCAUUCGAAUUUUUAAAGAAGCCAUACUACAUCAAAAAUAUUGAAAAGACCAUAUUUUCCGUUAAUCAACCGAUGAUGUUGAAGCAAAUUACAUGUAGCAAACUAAGCAAAUAUGAGUCGACUGAAUACUAUGUUAUGGAGGAACUGGCAACUGAAAUAAAAAUCGUUCAAAUCAAUGAAUCUGCUCCGUCCAACAAAGAACUGUUUCUUUAUGAUGCAAACACUCAUCUGAAAUCUAAGUCGACUUCACGCAUAACUUUGACGAAUCACAUUCUCGUGAGACCUGGAUUUAUGUAUGAAAUACAACUGAAACAAGACCCACCACCAAACUGCUGCACUGGUAACGUUCUAAAAUCGAAAGUUGAAAUCAACUCGAAUAUCAUUGUAAACUUUCAUCAAGAUCCCACCACUAAAGGAUUCGAUAAAAGAGGAACUAUUAAAGAGCUUAAGUUUUAUCGAAUUUAGAAUUAGAUUAACAGUAAAUUUAAUG